AUGGUCUGCUGCAGAAAUCUGUGGACGAAAGCCUGGAUCUGUACCUGGUUUGGUCUUUCUCAGUUCAUCCUGGAUAUAGCCAGGAUAAUGAUAGCGCAUGUCAAGCCUGGCUUAAUCUUUUAUCCUGGAUUUUGUAACGCUGUUUUUGUGAAACAGCCCUCAGGAGUGAAUGGAGUCCAUGUCCAGUUGUUGAAUAAAAUUGGGGGGAGGUCUUCCGUACAGAGGCUGUUGCUGGCUGCCGAGGAGGAGGAGGAGUUCCAUGCCUGCGUUUCGUAGAGGACGUUCAGCUAAAAAGCUGCAAACUAACAGAAACACAGAGGGUUAUUUCUUGAUACAUUACUUCUUAAAGAACAAUCCAGACUAUGGUUUUAUUUGUUCUAGAUGAAGUCAUGUUUGAGUCUGUAUCCAUGGCUUUUUCCGGAAGCUGUAAUUUCUCUUUUGUCUUCUGAUCGGAUUUCGGGUUUCAUGCUCUCCGACAUCAAACACAAUGUGGGACAGAAGUGACUUUAAAGCCGGAUUUGAAGCUAAUAAAGCAGGGCCUAGUUGUGGCUCUGGAUGGUUUCUGGGACAUGAAUCAAACUGGCACAGCAGUCUGCCUUGCUCUGGAGGCAGGAUCUGUGAUGGACGACGACAAAGCUCUGUGUCUGACAGCGGUGACACAGGAAUCGGUACCUACUGCUCUGACAGUUUGGAAGAUGACUCCUGUUCCAGUGCAACUCCUCUUUCUUCCCUUCUUCUGUCACAGCAUAACUUAAACCAGGAAGAGGAUGGCGUCCCUUCAGCUCUUGCCAUGUCAUCUGCUUCGUCCUUACCAAGAAUCCUUUUAAAAAUGGCCUCUCCUUCCCACAGCUCCAGCAGUUUGGACAUGAAAGUGCAUCAACCCAUCAGAAGGUCAUCCUCUUUUACCAAACUGUCAUCAGGGGUUGAUAAGAGUUCCACGAAGACAUCCAAUUUCUGUUACAGCCCAGGUGCUGAGGGUUCACUGGACAGAGGUGUACUUUAUGGUUAUAGAAAGAAAAGACGGGAUUCAAAUAUCAACCUUUACCUACCGCUGUCUUCUAGUAUGAACUGCAGCAAUUUUCUGCUGAGAUCUCCUGGUGCCGAGCCCAGCUACCGCUACAAACACAGUAAUAGAUCUACUGGUUUGAAAUCAGACCUGUCCCCUUCCUCGUCUCAUUCUUCUCCAGUUAAAUACAGCUUAAGCUGCUCCAGUUUUCAUGAGACGAAAGAUUCUGGGAAAGGUCAGCAAAUAUGUGGUCUUCAGUCAUCCAGCUGGGGUGACUGGCCAGUGGCUGAGAACCCCGACAGAGGCAUGCCCAUUCAGCCAGCUGUUCGAACCCAGAUGUGGCUGACUCAGCAGAUGGAGUACCGGCCCAAACUGGAGAGUGGAAAUGAACCUGGUCAGGCCAGUUCACCAGGGACAGAAGACUACAGCCUCACAUUGUCUCAUCAGGAAUCUGGACAUAACCAGAUGCUAAUGGAAACGUCCACUCCUGCUAACACUCUGCUGAAGGUUAAGGAGAAACUGCUGAGGGAAAGAGAACUGGAGAUACAAAGCCAAAAGCAGCAAAUCAUCCAGCUGCAUGUGUGGAUCAGAGAGAACGAGCACAGAGCCCAGCAGGUCCUGGGCAGCCAGAGAGGACAGUUUCAUACCUCCAGAAUCCCAAAUACUGAGGAGUCAGCAAUGACGACAUCCGGCAAGCUGCAAUCUGAUAGGCGAUGUUGUGAUGAAGAACUUAGUAAAAAAUUAGCAGCUGCCGAGCUUGAAGUGCUCCAUCUGAACCUGUUUUUUAAGCAGGUUACUUUGAAAUAUACAGAGGAGAUCAGAAAACUGGAGGAGAAGAUAAAGACAAGGGAUCGUUACAUCACCAGUCUGAAGAAGAAAUACCAGAGAGAGAGUGAGCAGAACCAAGAAAAACAGCAACGCAUUGAGAUACUGGAGAAAUACCUCUCUGAUCUGCCCACAUUAAAUGAAGUUCAAGUCCAGUCCAAACAGCAGGAGAAGUUAGAAGAAAAAAACAGGCGUCUUGAGAAAACAGUGUUCCAGUUACAGAAGAGCAUAGAGGUAGAAUGUGCAUUGAUUCAGAAGAAAGAUGUCAUGAUUGAGAUGCAGGCCAAGACAGAGGGUGAGAUGAUGACAUCUGUACAAAGGUUGCAUAAGAAAGUGCAGCAGUGUCUGGAUGAUGGGGCCAGGCUGCCGGUGCAAGAUCUAAAAAACCUUUUGAGAGAAAAUUCUCAGCUCCUGCAGCAGCAAGACAACAGCAACAUGGUAUUAAAGAUACAAAAGGAUGAAAUUGAGAGACUAACUUCACAACUAAUGGCCACUAGUGGAAGACUGCUAAAAAAAAGAGGUGCCGCUCACUCACCAGUGGCUUGUUCUCUGCAAAAGGAGGAGAACUUGGUCAGCAUGCUUGGAGCCUUCUCUCAGGACAAAGACAAGUUGGUGCAUCUGUCAUCUCCAGGAAGCAUGUCAGAAGUGGAGGAGCUUUUGAAAGAGAUGUCUUUGUGUCUGCUUGACCUGCGAGGUUUCUGCAGCAUCCUGGUCCAAAGAGCUCAGGGAAAAGAGCCCAACCUCUCUCUGCUUCUGGGAAUGAAAUCACUCAGCGUCUCAGCAGAGGAACAGGAGCACCAGCUGGCUGAAGGAGAAGAGGAACCGAGCUGUAAACUGCUCCAAGUCGGCCUGCUGAAGAGAGGAAUAGAUGAUCUGAGGAGGACUGUAGCAGAAUACUGCCCUCAGUAUGUGGCUCCAAGCUGCGCCACGCAGUGAAUAAACAUUACAUUUAUCGAAUCUCUAACGCUAUACGACGAUGAUGUUGGGAAAAUGAAUCCUACUAUCUGUCACAGCUCUGAAAGGUUUGGACGUGUCUGAAGUUUUGUAACGACUGUUGCCUCUAAUCCACUUCAGAACAGAGGCACAGCACUGGAUGCGAGCAGAGCAGCACCAUUCAUUGCUCUACUCCUCUGACUAAUAGGAUCUGAUGCAGAUAAUAAAAUGUUGAGGAUGGUGACACUAACUUUGCUUGGAAAUUAGGAUAUUACUUAAGGUCAUAUAAGAAUAAAUUCAAAGUCCAAGCAGAACUUUGUGCCUGUUGAUGCUAUGGAUAGUAAUAUUGCAUCCACAUAAAAUUUGCUAAGUGCUGUCCUUCCUGCUGCAAGCAAGGUUCACUGCGGAAGAUCUGCUGGUACCAGGACCUGCUGGUACUGCUCACCACACGGCCCACCAGACUAAACUGUUUUUAUAAAAUAAACCAUCAAACAUCCAAGUUGACAUUAAAAUAUGUACAGACAUUUUGUGUGUGUGCCUAUUUCAGGGGAUUUUAGCUUUUGUUAGUCUUUUUUUCCAACGUCAAAAUGCUUUUCAAUGAAAAAGAACUGAAAAAUAGCAUGAAGCAUAAAAAAAAAGAAAAUACCAAAUAUUAAUAAAACAAAAAUCAGUCAAGAUUAUUUGUAUGGCACAUUUCAGCAAAGACGUUACAUUACACCGAAAACAUAAAGAGGAGUAAUAAAAAGUAGUAAUCUAGACUAGAAGUUAAAGGCAACCACAAAUAAAUGAGUUUAAAGAAA